AUCUGAAAAUACGCGAGCGCGAGACACGUACCCAGAAGCCUCAUCUCCGCAGUUUGUGAAUGGCUUUGCUACUCAACAAGAUCAUGGAUUACUUCCAGUUUAAACUUCUUAUUCUAUCCAUCAUUUUAUGUCUGAUUGUUUCAGAAGUGUCCGGUGAGAGAUCGUGGGGAUCCGACAGAGCCCGAUACGAUGGUUAUGAUCUACAAAAAGGACCGGUUUUCUACGAAGCGUACUACGCGGAUGAGAACCAAGCAAAGACGACGGAACCCCAGCAAUUUCGGGGAAACAUCAAACCGGAAGAGCAGAAUUUCAAUGGUGGGAUGAUGAUCGAAAAAAUGUAUCAAACCGCAGGAAAAUCUUCGGUAAACCGUGCAAACUGGAGUCCUGACGAACCCAGAAGUCAAGGCACCGUGGACCGUUUUUACACCCAACAAAAUCAAGCUCCGAUAUCAAACUUCGAUUCGAACGGAGAUAACCGACGACAAAUGAGAGGGCAAGGAAACGUACAUUUCAUUGAAAAUAGGAGAUUCGACGAGGAAUACAUAAAACCAAUUUUGUCUGCGAUUGAAAACAGUGCUCGUGAGAUUUUGAUUAAAGAAUUUGAGAAAGUACGCGAAAUGCAGGACACGAUUGAGAAUGUGAAAACUUCGAGGUCUCCGAGAGUUGUGGACUUGGAAAACCGAGUGAGCGAUGGAAGGCGAAUUCCGGUGGGUAAUCCCGAGCCUCCGAGUCGUUCGAAUCAGCCGAAUUCGUUCGAUCAGAGCUUGGACACGGGGAGUUGGAAAAAUUGGAGAGCCAACGAUUAUUUUACGGAUCAUAAUCGUUUGGAAGAUUCAGAAUUUCCGAAUUCCGUUCCUCGCAAACCAUUCGCUCCUGAAAUAAACAACUUUCAGCCCGAAUCGAGCAACUACGUGAAGAGUGCGACUACUGCACCGGCGAGAGAACAGCAUUUUGCGCCGGGAAUAGAAUCACCCGUGAAACUACCAAAACCACAAUCAUUAACGUCAAAUUAUUGGCCCACGAAAGAUUUUGAUUAUCGAAAUACAGAAACGCAUGAAAAUACACGAAAUACUCGAAAAUCCAACGAAAUCGUUCCCGGCGUCGCAUCCAUCGAAAUCAGUGAAAUGCCACGACACAAAACUCGACAUCAUCACGGUGAAAAACCUCGAAUCAGCAAACAACAUCGUCGUCAGACGCCAGUAAACUAAUCACUGAUUCAUCGAUGCAACAUCUUUAUUCUUUACAAGUAUCAACGUUUUCACAUAGUUCAUCAACGAUUACAUUAAAUUCGUAUUCUGAAGAUAA